AUGGCCUCCGCUCGUCAUGCCUCUCGCCGGCUCCUGGGCUCCCUAGGUUCCUGCCGCGCAUACUCAUCCCAAGCUGCCCCCGGUGCACGCCUCAAUCUCCCCGUCGACUAUAAGUCGACUCCCCUUCUCCAUCACGCAUCGUCCACGCUGUCAAAUAACCCAGAAUUACCCCAGAACGCUUCCACAAAACGAUUGAACCUGUACCAGUCCAUCAACUCCGCCCUCAGGACCGCUCUCGCUGCUGACGAGAGGGUGCUUCUGUUCGGCGAGGAUGUUGCCUUUGGUGGUGUCUUCCGGUGCUCCGUCGACCUGCAGACGGAGUUUGGUUCUGAGAGAGUGUUCAACACCCCGCUUACCGAGCAGGGUAUCGUGGGGUUCGGUAUCGGCGCCGCCGCGGAGGGAUUCAAACCCGUAGCUGAGAUCCAGUUCGCGGAUUACGUAUUUCCGGCUUUUGACCAGCUCGUCAAUGAGGCUGCCAAGUUCCGAUUCAGAGAAGGCGCCACUGGUGGUAACAUCGGCGGCUUGGUUGUGAGAAUGCCUUGCGGGGCUGUUGGACACGGUGCGCUAUAUCACUCUCAGUCUCCGGAAUCCUUGUUCACCCACGUUCCCGGCUUGCGGGUUGUCAUCCCAAGAUCCCCAACGCAGGCCAAGGGCCUCUUGUUGAACGCGAUUCUCAACUGCAAGGAUCCAGUGGUCUUCAUGGAGCCGAAAAUCCUUUACCGCGCUGCUGUCGAAUACGUGCCAACCGAGCCAUACUACCUGCCCCUUGACAAGGCGGACAUUGUCAAACCAGGAAAGGAUCUCACAGUCAUUUCUUAUGGUCAACCGAUGUAUCUCUGCUCCGAUGCCAUCGCCAAAGCCGAAAAGGACUUUGGCGCGAGCAUUGAGCUGAUUGAUCUCCGGGCAAUCUAUCCCUGGGAUCGAGAGACCGUCCUCGAAAGUGUCCGCAAGACUGGCCGGGCCAUCGUCGUCCAUGAGAGUAUGAUGAAUGCCGGUGUUGGCGCCGAGGUCGCCGCUACGAUUCAGGAGGGCGCGUUUUUGAGGCUGGAGGCUCCUGUGAAGCGAGUCACUGGCUGGGGCACCCACUGUGGUUUGAUUUUUGAGAAGUUCAACUUGCCAGAUGUUGCCAGAAUAUAUGAUGCCAUUAAGCAGACGCUUCACUAUUAA